GGCUCUCCAUACAUCUGCAUGCCCAGCCUGCAGCCCACUGUAUCUGUAUAUGGCUGGACCCUGCUUCACACCAUCGAUCCAACAUCUCUCGCUCACUCCGAUCCUCCUCUCUAUAAAAACAACAGCUAAAGGAUCGAUCACCAUCUAUCUCUCACAGUCGUCGUCGUCACAGCUAGCAUCAUCGAUCACCGAUCCGGCCACCCCAGAGACGAUCGGAACGAAGGCCGCCCGCCGGCACAACAUCCGGCUUAAUUAGCGCAAGGAAGGAAAUUAAGAUUCCAUGGACAUGAGCUCCAGCAGCACUGCAGCAGCAUCGUCUCCCCAAAACCACCAGCAGGAGGCGAUUGUGUCAUCCCCCAUUAUAAAGGAGGAAGCUAGGAGCCCAAAGCAGGCACAGGUCACACAACAGGCAAGUGGCAGCGGGGAGCGUAAGCCACGACCGCAACUGGCUGAGGCGCUCAGAUGUCCACGCUGCAACUCCAACAACACCAAAUUUUGCUACUACAACAACUAUAGCACGUCGCAACCACGCUACUUCUGCAAGGGCUGCCGCCGCUAUUGGACACAUGGCGGCGCCCUCCGCAAUGUUCCCGUUGGCGGUGGGUGUCGCAAGAACAAGCGCACCUCUGGAUCCAUCUCAGCCUCUGGCACCUCAUCAUCCUCAUCGGCUGCCUAUGCACCAUUAUCCCCCAGCACCAACACCAGCUCUAGCAAGAUGAGCAUCAACACACAACUAAUGAUGGUGCCUAACAUGAUGAUGUCCACCUCAUCGAUGACAGGUUUAUUCCCCAAUGUGCUCCCGACACUUAUGUCGGCAACUGAAGGCGGUGAGUUUAACUUUACCAUGGACAACCAGCAUGCCUCCCUGCCCUUCACGCCAAUGUCACUGUCCAACCAGGCAUCAGUGCCAGUGCUGGCCGCGGGAGAGAGUGGGACAAUGCCAUCUUUCCUAGAGAUGCUGAGAAAAGGGCUUCUUCAUGGUAGCAGUAGCUACGACACAGGUCUCGCGAUGAGUGACGGCAACAAUGGAAUGGACAUGUCAUUUCCACUACCAGCAUAUGGUGCAAUGCAUGGGCAUGGGUUGAGUGGCUCAACCACUAAUGAUGCCAGGCAGCUAGUAGGGACUCAGCAGGGAGUGAACACUGGAGGUGGUUUUGUAGGAUCAACUGGAGUGCAAGAGGAGGAGGAGGAGGGGGAUAACAAGGCCAUGGUGAAAAGUAACAAGAACAACAAUGGUGGGUCAUUGUUGGACCGCUACUGGAUCAAGCCCAACAACAACAACAACAAGAGGCAGCAGGGGUAAUGUGCCAAGUUGUGGAAGUGUUGCUACUGCAAACAAUGCAAAUGGGUACUAGUACCAUUAAAGUUAGGAGAGUCUAGUAGCCUAGGAUGCAUGCAUUUUUUUUAUUUAGUUUUGGUCAUGAUGGCAAGUCAUCAUGAAUCACCCUUUUUGUUCAUUUGCAUGCUUUGAUGAGUUGCAGUAAUCUAUAUAUCAUUGGACAAAUAAUUAUUUAUUUGGACCAUCAA